GUGAACAAGAACGAGCAGCGUGUGUGACUUUAUUCUGACUCAGUUCUCUGCACGGUUAGUCUUUGCACGGAACUGGACCUCAACGGACGUGAUCACAAACCUUGGCUAAGUUACUCAUGCAGAAAUUCGCAAUGUUGAAAAAGUGACAGUAGAUGUGAGCUGUAUUUAAAUAUCCCGGCACCAUUGGAAGAAGUAUGGGAGAUUUAAAAAUGAUCGUAAGCUGCACCUCAUCCGAUUCAAGUGUGGAAAACUUCUACAAGGAUUCGGUUGUCCUUAUCACCGGCGGAACGGGAUUUAUCGGAAAAGUUCUUAUCGAAAAAUUACUGCGGUGCUUUGAGGUGAAGAAAAUCUAUCUGUUGUUACGUGAAAAGAAAAAUGUGAAAUCCAAAGACCGCCUGAAGGAGAUACUACAGGAACCGAUCUUCCAUGUAGUAAGAAACAAUAAUCCAACGCCAGCGAGUGUGUUUUCGAAAGUGAUCGCGAUUGACACCAAUUUCCAGCAGGACAAAAUUAUAAGUGAUCGUGAUCGUGAACUGCUUCUGUCCGAGGUCACUAUUGUGUUUAACGUGAUGGCGUCGGUGAAAUUCAAUGAACACAUUGAAUCUGCUCUGGAUACGAACGUGAACUGUUCGCGAAAACUUUUCGACAUGGUCACUCAAAUGCAUCAAGUUCGGUCGAUCGUUCACGUGUCAACGUUCUACUCAAACUGCGAUCGAUCCCAUAUAGAGGAACGAAUCUUCGACGAUGUUCCGUUUGGUGGCCAUGACAAUAUUCUUCGAAUCUUCAGGCAUCUUAGCGAUUCCGAAAAGGAUAAACUAACUCCGUCGAUACUGGGUCCAAUGCCCAACAGUUACACCUUUAGUAAAAAGUGCGCCGAAGUAAUGAUUCAGCAAAGAUACUCCCAUCUGCCGAUUGUCAUCUUCCGACCGCCGAUCGUGAUUUCCUCCUACCAGGAACCGAUUCCAGGCUGGGUGGACAAUUUCAACGGGAUCGCUGGUAUGUGCAUACCGAUGACGCAAGGCAAAAUCUACUGCGCCCGGGGGGAACCGGAUCUGCCGAGUCACUCGGUACCGGUGGACUACUGUGUGGCGGCACUGCUGGCGGUCGGUGCCGAAGUAAGGAAGAAUCUUAUCCCGGAACGGAGUCGGUAUCCGGCCGUAUAUAACUUCGCCACCGACUGCAACAACAUUAGAUGGGGAGAGUACGGCCGGAAGGCUGCCGAUGGGUGUGAAACGCGGCUGGGAAAAUUUUUCGGACGCUACGCCCUGGGUGUUACCACGUCCCGUAUCCUGAGGCAACUGUUCGUCUGGUGGUUCGUGCUGCAAGCUGCCGUAGCGGAUUUACUACUCAUGAUAGUCGGAAAGAAACGAAAAAACCUUCGUCUGGUGAAGCGAGUUUUCGCGCUAGAGGAUGCCGCCUGUUUCUUCGCCCUGCACCGAUGGACCGUACAGAAUGAUAACAUGCGCCGUGUGCUGAAUGGACUAUCCGAACACGAACGAAAACUGCUGGAAUUUGAUAUUGACAAACUCGAUUGGAAUGAUUACUUCAAAAAUUUCCUACCGGGAAUCAAAGCGGCACUUGUCAGAUGCUUUCAGCGAAGAAGCAAAGGGUGUAGUUGAACUGCAGAUGAAAAAUGUAUUUUUAUGUUUCUUCGAACCGGUUUAGUUUACACGCAGUUGUGAGGUAGAGAGAGAGGUUAAUAAAUAUAGGAUAAACUAGGUUAUUUACUUUUGU